CUUGCCACUCGCUCUUGUGUUGAGCUCUUGGAAAGGCCAAAUAAUUGCUCUAUACGUUGAUUUAUAGCCAUGUUCACAAGGUUACUACUGGUUUUGUUCAGCUGUCUCGUGUUCCAGCAAAAGUCUUUGGCGGACGAAAGCUAUGGCUAUUUGAGGAAUAUUAGCUUCUCUAAAAUCCCAUGUACGACUGGCCCUUUUGUUAAUGCAACGGGCAUUCUGUCAACUCAACUUAAUGGCAUGAUCAACUGUUCUACGGCGAUUCCUCCUGCAGUAGAACAUAUGAAAAGACAAACACUCAAGUGCGAGCGUUUUCUCGAUGUUAAGGAUGAUCCUCUUCCGUGUGCAAAACGAAACUAUAAGGUGCGGUUUUCUGUGUGGUUUUUUAAUUUUGCUCAUAUGUGCCGUUUAUAUAAUAAUCGCUCCGAAAGAUCAGUUUAUUUUCAGCAUGUGCAAUAUAUAUUCCAAUACGUCUGAUGUAUAACUGUGUUGGAUCGGUUGGGAACUACUUCUCUCACAUGUGCCUGAGGUGAAAAGGAAAUCGAAACCCAGUCGAAAGCACAUUUCCUGGAAACUUGUGACUCGUAUUCGGCUUUAAUUAACUUGAUUAUAUAUAUCGAACACCCAGUAUUCCGGUUUGUUCUCUCCAUUGUAACACUGGAGGCUAGAACAUACUGUAGUAUAGUAGAUUUAUAUAUUUCUUACUGGACCUGAAUAAAUUUAGAUAAAUAAAGUAUAAGUUUAAUUUUAGUUGAGGCAUAAAGUUUAAGUAGAAAUCAUUUUAUGUCGUUGGUGCGUUGGAAUAAUUAUUCCCAUGUAUAAACCGGAUUACCUGAGUUGUUUCGUUCACAUGGGGUCUUCAAGGGCGCUGUCUGCAAUGCGCUUGCGGUUUGUGUUAUUUUCAAAGCAUACAAAGAUAAUCAAGACAAAAUAACAGGGGGUAAACCGACAAAUUGAUUUUCUUAUCGCAAAACAUUUCCAAUGCAAAAGCUGGUUUCAGGUUGCCAGACCUAAAGCUGAAAAAACUUUGAGCUUUUCUGAGGUCUCGUCAACACAGAAGUGCUUUGUUCGCAUUUCCUCGCUGCGCAACUGUCGUGACCAAAUAUAUAUAUAGUCUGUCAUGUUCACUGGAUGCAAAUCUAUCAUUACUGAUUGAAAAGAUAUGUCGACACUAUAUCAGAUUAACAACAUUAAUACGGUCGCGACCGUUACGACUAUAUGCAUGGGAACUGAGAGCCUUUGACCUUGACCGCUGUUCAAUACAAUAUUAUUUUAGUUCAAAAUCGACAAAAAAUGUCCAUCCCAUGUAGUCAGGUGGGAUAGCGUCUUCAUAUUUAAAAUUUUGUCCCACUUGACUGAGAUCCCACCUAGCGCAAGGCGAGAUCAGUAUCACCUAUAGCAGGGCUGCCUCGUUUCUCGUGUGAACAAAAAUUACAUGUUAUAUGCGGUGUCAAAGGGCAUGCAUGCGGAUCUCAUUCGGCUCACACUGAGCUCGUAUGAACACGCCGUCGGAAGAGACGAUAGAUCAUCCAGAAUUCUUUCUGUUUUAGGUUUUGGCGAUCAAUCUUACUGAGCAAUCACGAAGUCAAAUGGCAACUCAUGAAUGGCUUGCGAGGAAUGCCAGUAAUAUCAGCAAAGAAUGCUUGAACAAUGUAUCAGAUAUGAUAUGCAAAGUCGUGGCCCCUGCGUGUGACAGAAAUGAAACCAUGGUAGUGGAGCUUCUUAGUAGGCAGGAUUGUGAGAGAAUAAUAAGUUGGUAUGUAUUGACAGAUUUCUGUAAUCGUUCUAGUGAAUCAGGCUGGUCAUAUUCAGCAAAUUUUCUCCCACUACCGCAGGCUCGCAUUUUCAGCGGACUUGCGGUGAAAAAUUGAAACUUUUGCAUUUUUCAAAAGAACUUGCCACUUUCUGUAAGAUGUCCGCUGACAAUACGAGCCCGCACGAGUGGGAGAAUUUUGGUAAAUUUGACCAACGGUAGUAAAGUGUUGACAAGUAGCAGGAUUGGUCGCGAGGAUUUCUCCCCUACGAAAGCUCAUGCACAAGGAGCAAUAUUUUCAGGCAUCACUUUUAUCAUAUCUUUUUUCUCUAGUUUAAAUACCACGUCCAAAGUUAAGAAACUUCAUGAAGGCAUGAUGAAUAUGUGUAGAUCCUUACAAGAUACAAACACUGCAACGAAAAUACCACUUUCACUUGUGUAUACUGAGUUUGACGACAACAUCACCCCCAAAACUCACAAUGAUACAAAGAUAACCACAACCCCUACAACACAAAGCCCUAUUCCAAACAAAAUUGACCAAAGUCGAAACGGUACUGGUGAGUCUGACAGCCACAACACACCAACAAGACCAUUCCUCAAUUCGACUGAUCAAAAUAGAAAACCAGCAACGAUGCCAAAGAGUAGCCCAACUACACAAGCGAAUAUAACCAAACCAAAUGCGAAAUCCAAACCAGCAACUAAAAAGCCAACAGUCAAUGCAACUUAUCAAGAAAAGGAAAAGAAGGAAGCAAAGUCUGUUCCAAAUCUUACGCCAACAACCGAAACUCUUUUAAACUUGAAUUACACAACACAGGAUCAACAUGGCACCGAGUUAUCCAAAACACCACAGCUAAAUGCAACAUCUUCGCCGGUUGUUAGUCGUGGGAAUGCCACAACAGAUAGUUAUGUAUACAAUGCUACCACAACGAAUGACCCCACAAAUCAUGGUAACAAGGCAGCACAAUUUAACACAAGAAUGAAUGCAUUGGCGGUUUUGGUUAUUUCAUUCUUGUCAAUUUGUAUGUGGCAAUAGAUUUUCCAAAUUUCUCAUUGAGUCCAUGAGAAUUUUCAAGACUCCAGCAAGGCAAAGCCGGUACAUUUGUUCCAAAAAAUUGUAAGAACCUCUAAAGUUGUUUUUAGAGAUUUACCCGAUGGCAUAUAUGACACUGUUGAAUUGCAUAGCCAUAGC